GUUUGAUCUGUAAACACACGCCGCCGCCAUUGCUGCUGCGCUGCACACUGACACAUAAAUAUAUUUAGACGCGUCGCAGCGGUUAAUUAUUAUGGUUUUCAUGUGAGAUCGCUGCCGUGUUAGUUUACGAUUGAGUUUGUUGAACUAUCUCUCAAAAGUGCAUCAUAUUGCCGCUUCCGCUUGCGAAGUAUAGGGCGACUGUGUUUUGUUUUAGUGCGACAUGUUUCCGCUCGCUAAUUUCUCAAUUGAGGCCGCGGCGAACUUUCGGUCUCUGAACGUAUCAAGCAGGUUUGUCCGAGAGUGUCGUCAGCGUUUCUCCACGAGCCGUUCACUGAACGCUGACAGCUAUGAUGUGGUCGUCGUUGGAGGAGGAGCCGGCGGGGCAUCACUGUCAAGUGUUUUUGCAAAAAAAUCGAAAAGCGUAGCUGUGAUAGAACCAAACGCGGAGCAUUAUUAUCAGCCAUUAUGGACAUUAGUCGGUGCUGGCAUCGUGAACUACAACAAGUCGGUUCGACCUAUGGCGGCCGUUCUCCCGAAGCGUGCGACCUGGGUCAAGGACAAGGUCGUUGAGUUCAACCCGAAAAACAACACUGUGACUACUGAAGGUGGGAAACAGAUUAAAUAUGAGUACCUGAUUGUUGCGGUAGGUAUCCAGAUGAACUAUAACCAGAUCAAGGGCUUUCCGGAAGCAUUCGAGACGCCUGGAGUCGGGUCGAACUACUCGAAACUGUACGUGGGGAAGACGACAGAGGCUCUACGGCGAUUUAAGGGCGGAAAUGCUAUCUUCACGCUUCCAAGCACGCCCAUCAAUUGCCGCGGUGCUCCGCAGAAAAUCAUGUAUCUGGCGGAUGCAUACUGGACAAAUACCGGUGUGAGGAGCAAAAGCCAGCUGCACUUCUACACGUCGCAGGAAACGAUGUUCGAUGUUAAAAAGUACGCAGAUGUGUUAACAGAAAUAUGCACACAGAGGAAUCUAAACGUCCACUUCAAACGUAACAUGAUCGAGGUGAAGCCAGAUACGCAAGAGGCCGUGUUUGAGAUUCUGGACAGUCCGGAGACUCCCAAGGAGACCGUAACCACUCAUUACGACUUCUUGCACGUGGUGCCCCCUAUGUCAGCUCCCGACUGUGUGAGACACAAUAAAGAUCUCGUCGACGCUGCAGGCUGGCUCGAUGUAGACAAAGACACCCUACAGCACAAAAAGUUUGCGAACAUCUUUGGGAUCGGCGACUGCACGAAUCUUCCAACGUCAAAGACCGGGUCCGCCGUGGCAUGCCAGAUCGGCAUUCUUCAAAAAAACCUGAUGCAGGUGAUGGCAGGCGUCAAACCGACUUCAGUCUACAAUGGCUACACGUCGUGUCCGAUUCUUACUGGGCAUAACAAGUGCGUGUUCGCAGAGUUUGACUACGACAAGCAGCCAGCUGAGACGUUCCCCUUUAAUCAGGCGAAAGAGCGGCGAACUAUGUACAUCAUGAAGAAAAAUGUUAUUCCCAAAAUCCACUUUCACCUGAUGCUGAAUGGCUACUGGCAAGGACCUGCCAUAUUCCGCAAGAUAUUCAGGUUGGGAAUGGCCUAAGCUAACAUGCCUCCGUGCCAGCCAGCACGACGGAGUGCUUCAUCUAUUAUGAAGUGAUGUCACACCUAUUCCAGGAUGCCGUUCACUGAGGAACACUUCACACACGCGCGGACGCACGUUCGCAUGAACACACACACACACACACACACACACACACACACACACACACACACACACACACACACACACACAC